AUGUUCUGGAAACGUUCAAAGACAGACAGCAAGCAGAAAGAGAAGCAGCAGCAACAGCUUCAGUCUGCGCCUCCGUCUCUCCCAAGGCAGUCCGGCCUAUCUUCUCUCCAAGAGUCAUCCAGUCGACCAAUCUCCCACUCAGGGACACAGACACCGGUUGGAAUUGACGACGAUGCAAAGUACCGAGCAAUAAUCAAAUAUCUGCAUGCAAGGCUUGCUACCAGCAAAUGGUGCCCUCCCCCAUCAGACCCUGACAGCGAAUACCAUGGCUUGCUGCUUCGAAAGUCCCGAGGCGUCUACAUCUCCGAGCCGGAUUUGGUCCAUCCGCUGCUGCUCGGCGCAGUGCAGAAGAUCAAUGUCGCCGUCGCCUUCACCAUGGCCACGGAGAUCACUAGGAUCAUCUUCUCUAUCCUGCAGCCAGACCAGACCGAGCUGAUUCUCCCUUCCGGCUUCCAAGUCCAGGUAGUCCAGUCUCUGUCUGAGAUUGCCUGCUCACCGUCUAGUGCAGUCAAGAAGUUUCAGUACGUUGCGCUGGUUAGGGAGGAGAGGCUCCUCUUGAUCUGGCAUGACGAGCUCGAAAAGAUCCUUAUCCAUGCUGAGGACGUUGAAGAGAAGCUCCUUGCCUUUAUCUGCGGAACUCGUAUCUCAGUCAUUGCUCCCUCGCAGACGCCGCAUCACUCUCUUCCACAUUCCACUAUCGGAUCCCCAGCUGCAUCUACCCGCAACAUUGUGCCCCUUUGGAACAAAGAAGCCAGUGGACUGGCAAACCCACCCCUGUGUGUCCGGGAUGAAGAGGCAGCCGCACCAAUAGAGUCCCUGGACCGGCCAUUGGCCCUGACAAGCUCCAUCUUCGUGGGCCUGGGAAUGUGUCUGAUCGUGGUGCUCCUCCUAGGAUUUGGUGUCUCGAACCUCCUUCUCCAGACUCUCGUGGAUGGAUCAUACAUUAGAUUCGCAUUGGUUGCCUCUCUGCCGAUAUUCAUGCUCUUUAGCGUCUUCUUUGUCAUUGUUAUAUUCUCAGACUUAUUCCAGGCCAUUGGGCCCAUCAAGACGCUGAAAACGAACUCCCGCUUCUAUUCCCCCGUUAGGCCGGAUCUCUCGCAGGCCUAUGCCAUGGGCUUCAAGCCGCCUCGCAUCACCAUUCAGCUGCCGGUAUAUACUGAGUCCCUCGCUGGUGUUAUUAUCCCUACAGUGACCAGUUUGAAAGCUGCCAUAUCCUACUACGAAUCCCACGGAGGAACUGCCACAAUCUUUGUCAAUGAUGACGGCCUCGCAUAUCUCUCUGAGGAGCAGCGGGAAGAACGCAUCAGCUAUUAUCAUGACAAUAACAUCGGAUGGGUCUCGCGGCCAAAGAACAACGAGGAUGGCUACAUCCGCAAGGGCAGGUUCAAAAAGGCUUCUAACAUGAACUUUGCGCUCAAUGUCUCAAACAAAGUAGAAGACAGGCUGCUGGAGAUGCUCGCAGAUACCUUGGAUACAACCGAAAUGAUCGAUGCUUCUCAAGAAGAAGCCUAUUACAAGCUGGCCUUGCAGGAAGUUCUCGAAUCUGAUAGCCGGAUCAAAGCCGCAGGAGAUAUCCGAAUCGGAGAAGCAAUUCUCAUUGUCGAUGCUGAUACUCGAGUGCCAGUCGAUUGCUUACUCUACGGGGCAGCCGAAAUGUUCUUAAGCCCUGAAGUGGCUAUUAUUCAACAUUCAACUGGUGUCAUGCAGGUCGUUGGAGAUUAUUUCGAGAAUGGAAUUACAUUUUUUACCAACCUGAUCUACUCGUCCAUCCGUUUUGCGGUUGGCAGUGGUGAAACGGCGCCUUUUGUCGGCCACAAUGCAUUUCUUCGCUGGAAGGCUGUCCAAUCGGUGGGAAAACCGGACGACGGCUAUGUAGCCUACUGGUCCGAGAGCCAUGUGUCUGAAGAUUUUGACAUUGCACUUCGGCUGCAAAUUGCUGGUGAUAUCGUUCGUCUAGCGAGCUACCACGGUGAUGAGUUCAAGGAAGGUGUAUCUCUGACUAUCUACGAUGAAUUGGCAAGAUGGGAAAAAUACGCCUAUGGAUGCAAUGAAUUGGUGUUCAACCCGAUCUAUACCUGGAUCUACAAGGGCCCUUUUACUAAGCUCUUCAUGACAUUCCUUUGGUGCAACAUGCAGCUUUCAUCUAAGAUUACCAUCCUGGGAUAUAUCUCUUCCUAUUAUGCUCUUGCCUCUGGCUUCCCUCUCACUAUCUUGAAUUACUUUUUGGUAGGAUGGUUCAACGGCUACUUGGACAAGUUCUACAUCGAAUCCUGGAAAGUUCUCCUGAGUCUUAUCGUUGUGUUUUCACUGCUCGGCAAUGUAACCCUUGCCAUCAUCCGAUCCCGUCUUUCAGAGAAGAGCCUCUGGUCCGCUCUCAUCGAAAACUUCAAAUGGAUGCCCAUGAUGGCUAUCUUCUUCGGCGGCGUCUCGUUUCAUCUCAGUCUGGCACUCCUCUCCCACAUGCUCUCUAUCAAGAUGGAAUGGGGCGCCACGGCAAAAGAGAAGGUCGACUCCAACUUCUUCAAGGAAAUACCCAAGAUCUUCAAGAGCUUCAAGUGGAUGUAUGCCAUCCUGAUCCCCCUGAUCGGUGGGAUGAUAUAUCUUGGGAACUUCGCGCCACGAGGUUGGGAGAUCAAGGAGGUUGCUGCCGUCGUUCCCAUGGCCGUGACCCUGUCUCUCCACGCUCUGCUCCCCUUGCUUCUCAAUCCCUCGCUCAUGAUCUUCAACUACUAA